AUGGAGAAGAUGACUUUGGAAGAAUUGUUUGAGAAAGUUUCGAUGAAACUGCGUGAACCUAUUUCCAAUGUUCAGUCACUCUUCGAAUGGAAAACACAAAUGUUGACAUAUAUCAACACUAUCGCUGAUCUCAAAUGUCCUAUUUCAUCCUCAACAGUUCAGAAGAAUUCUUCUCUUGAUCCUUCUGAUUGGCCAUCUGCACGCAAAACAGCUCACGAAGUUCUUGAUUCAUCACUGGAUUACAUUGAAUCGAUACGAGAUCGACCUGCAUUUAUACCAAUUCCAGAUGAUGUGUGGACUGUACUCAACGAUGAUCCACUUCCAAAACGAGGCCAAUCAUUGGAACAAGUAUGUCGCGAUACAUUCACUUAUGUGGUCCCUUAUACAUUUGGUAAUGCACAUCCUCGUUUCUUGGGAUGGGUCGGUGGUGAAGGAACAUUAGGUGGCGCAUUAGCAGAUAUGAUAGCAGCAACGAUUAAUAUGAGUUGUGGUGGUUUUUGUCACAGUGGUUCACUUAUUGAACGUACAGUGAUCAAUUGGAUACGACAGAUGUUUGGUUUUCCAGAGGCUAAGAAUGCUGGUUUGAUCGUUAGUGGAACAUCAAUGGCAACAUUAAUAAGUAUAGCAACGGCUCGACGAAAGGCUCUAGGAAAUAUUCGACAAGAUGGACAUGUCAAUGGUCCACAACUAGUUGGCUAUGCAUCAACAGAAACACAUGGAUGUCUGGUCAAAGCAUUUGAACUGCUUGGACUUGGAUCAAAAGCAUUGCAUUUGAUAGCAGUUGAUGAUGACUUUCGUAUGAAAAUCGAUGAAUUGAAAGUAGCCAUGCAAGAAGAUCGUGAGAAAGGUCUUGUUCCCUUUUGUAUUGUUGGUAAUGCAGGGACAGUGAAUACAGCUGCAUUUGACAAUCUGGUUGAGUUAUCUGUCAUCUGUCGUGCUAAAAAUAUUUGGUUUCAUGUUGAUGGAGCAUUUGGUAGUUUAGUUAUUCUUGAUCGUGAACGUCGUCAUCUCGUCAAGGGAAUCGAACGAGCUGAUUCACUUGCCUUCGAUCUUCACAAAUGGUUACAUUGCCCAUAUGAUGCAGGUUGUGUCCUCAUUCGAGAAAGCUCUCAUCUUCAAUCGACAUUCGCCGUUCAUCAAACUUAUUUGACAAAGACGAUCCGAGAUUUUGCGCCUGAUGAUCUGUGGUUUUGUGACCUAGGUCCUGAGUUGUCUCGUUCAUUUCGUGCAUUGAAAGUGUGGUUCACAUUUAAAGAACAUGGUAUUGAGAAACUUGGACAGAAGAUCGCAGACAAUUGUGAACAAGCACAAUACUUUGCUCGAUUACUUGAGAAACAUGCAGAUAUCAUUCAUGUUCUUCGUCCUAUCACAUUGAACAUUGUUAAUUUUCGAGUUAUACCAAAAGAACUGGAUGGAGAUGAUCAUGAAGUCAUUGAUCAGUUCAAUGCUGAUCUAACACAAGAUGUGCAAAUGUCAGGUGUGGCUAUUCCAUCAACGAGUCGUAUUGGAAAUCGUCUCCACAUUCGUAUUUGUGUUGUCAGUCAUCGAUGUGUUUAUGAAGAUUUUGAUUCAUUGGCCGAAAGUCUUCUCAAGCUAACUCAACAACGAAUUGCCAAAAUGAAAGAAGCAAAAAAUUCGAAAUAA